CGAUUUACAGGGGUUAAAUCUCAAAUAAUGCUUAUGGAUCCUAUUCCUGGUAUAAAUCGUGUCUGUAAUCUUGUUUUGCAGCAAGAACAAGAGAUGAUUUCUAAAUCCAAGGUCCUCAUGGCAAAUCGUGGUCCUAAUCCACGAUCUCAGUCUCAACCUUGGCAAAAUAAUGGUUCUAAUUCUAGUUUCAACAACAAGCAGUGUACGUUUUGUGGCAAGCUGAGACACACAGAGGAGACAUGUUAUCGCAAGCAUGGAUUUCCUCUUGGUUUUAAAUUUCAAAAUUCAUCCCACUUGGCCAAUAAUUCUAUUUCUCAGCCUCCGAUUUCAUUAGCCGAAGCCAAGGAUUCCUCUCAUGAUGCAAAAAUUGGUCUAACUUCUGAGCAAUAUCAACAGGUUAUAGCACUGGUUCAAAAGGACAAUUCCUCCAACCCUCCAACUCCUUCUUUAAAUCACGUUUUUGCUUCCCAAGGAGGACUUGACCAAGUGGAAGACAAUUGGUUCAGCUGA